AAACCCUAACCUGUUAUAUCAGCCUAAAGUUAAUUCACACUCGAGAUCUAAAUGUAGUUAGGAUCGAUCAUUGUAGCCUAAGUGCCCAACAUUAACAGGCGAGCCGAGAAGACGAGAACCAAUUUUAUUUUAGCAAUUUCUUCUUGUCGUAAAGUUGAAAAGUAAGAAGAAAUAAUUCGAAGUCAUUUCAUUCCUUCCCAAACAGCUCCAACAAAAACACCCACCCCCUCUUCUCCCCAGGAGAAGCCCAGAGCACACUCCAUUGUUGGUUUCUGUAUACAGGAAAUGGAGUUUUACGAUUCCACAAUCCACAGAAAUCCAUAUCUAAUCUUAUAGUUUACUGUCAUUGCCCUCGAAUCACUUCAAUCGACUGCGGCAUAUACUGAGAUUCGCUUUUCUCUGCGCCUGUGCAACUGGCAGUCUGGGUCAACGGCGGGUUGAGCUGUGAAGGAGAUGGGUAGUCUUAAGCUCCAAGCUCUUAAACUGCAUCCUGGUUUGACUUGAGAGAAAGGAGGACGUCUGUAGUAGUGCACGUUCACAUGGCUAAGCGCGUGUAUGAAGUCUGGAAAGGAAGCAAUAAGUUUUUUCUUGGUGGAAGAUUGAUAUUUGGUCCAGAUGCAAGGUCGUUGCUUGUCUCUAUUCUGCUAAUCACUAUACCUGUUGCUACUUUCUGUGUAUUUGUUGCAAGACAUCUUCGCCACCAGUUUUCUCCACAUAAUGUUGGGUAUGCAGUUUUAGGGGUGCCAAUUGCUUUUACCAUUCAUGUAUUGGCUCUACUACUGUUUACAUCAUCUCGAGAUCCUGGUAUUGUUCCACGCAAUUCACACCCACCUGAGGAAGAACUCCGUUAUGAAACGUCAGCAUCGGCAGAGGCUGGCGGGAGGCAAACACCAAGCCUUCAAUUCCCCAGAAUAAAGGAUGUUAAUGUUAACGGAGUUACUGUCAAGGUAAAAUAUUGUGAUACCUGCAUGCUGUAUCGCCCCCCUCGAUGCUCUCAUUGCUCCAUCUGCAACAACUGUGUUGAGCGCUUUGACCACCACUGCCCUUGGGUAGGCCAAUGCAUAGGAUUGCGCAACUACCGUUUCUUCUUUUAUUUCGUUUCGUCUGCAAUGCUUCUCUGCAUCUAUGUGUUUGCCAUAUGUGGUUUCUACAUUAAGGUUCUGAUGGAUGAUCACCAAAGCACAGUAUGGAAGGCAAUGAAAGAAUCUCCGGCUUCUGUUAUUCUAAUGGCUUAUUGUUUUGUUGCCUUGUGGUUUGUCGGUGGACUCACAGGUUUUCACUUGUACCUCAUCAGCACCAAUCAGACAACCUAUGAAAAUUUCCGGUAUGGAGGGAGUACCAGAAGACAUAAUGUGUAUGACAGUGGCUGUUUGAACAAUUUCUUUGAAGUAUUUUGCACAAAAGUAAAGCCUUCGCAAAACAACUUCAGAGCAUUUGUUGCAGAAACUGAGGAGGUCCCACCACAAAGACGUCAGGAAGUUGAAUUUGAGGAAACAGGCGGUGGGGAGGAUCGUCGUGUGAAAGUUGAAGAUGAUCUAGACAUUGGUGGUGUGGACUUCCUGAAGAUUUCACAGCGUCAUAAGAUUGGUGAUGUUGCAGAAACAGAUAUACGUAGUCGAGGGAGUGAUGGGUCCCACCGUGGUUCACCUGAUGCCAAUGUGCGUCGAUCAAGUUGGGGAAGAAUUGGGAGUUUGGAAAGUGCAUAAGAUUUUCUGGGGGAAUGAUGAUUUCCAGUUAUCACUGAUGCCCCCCCCCCCCCCCCCCCUACCACCCGCUUUUGCUGUGUAUGGCUUUCAAUUUGUAGAAUUUAUAUUUUAGUUCCAGUGAGAGGGAACCAAAACUUACUCUAGGUAAAAUUUGUGGCGCAGUAGAAUUCACCAUUCAUCAAUCAUCACUACCCAAAAGUUCACAAUUAUAGUUUUUUACCGAGGAGCUCUAGAUGCAAACAAAAGUUGUGCAUGCUUUUAAUAGAUUAUUAGAAUGAUGGUGUUUGUGCUUUUUGUUGAUCUUGUUGCUCUAUUUUCCCCUCAUUCCCUUUUGGGUUGAAAUCCAAAGGGACAUAUUGAUUAUUGAUAUCUUGUCUUUUUUUAUUGUC